UCUGCAAGACACAUCGCUUCUUUUCUUGAUCCAAGAUAUAAAGAUAUGGAUUAUGAACCUGUAGAGGCUAGAGAGAUAAUUCGUUCAUAUGUCUUGCAGCUUAUUCAAUCAAGCGCUCCGAACAUUACAAAUCAUAACGAAGAAGAAAAAAACGAUUUUCAGAUGAGUAAUGUGUUAGCAUUUAUUUACAAAGACUUUACUGUUGGUACGAAUGAUGCCUCUACGCAGUUUACGGGGUAUCUUUCAGAGCCUCAACUACGAUUUGAUUUAAAUCCCUUAGAAUGGUGGAGAACACGUGAAAAUAAAUAUCCGGCAAUAGCAGCUAUUGCCAAGAAAUAUUUAGCAGUUCCAUCUACAUCAGCAAGUUCAGAGAGGUGCUUCUCAACGGCAGGAAAUAUUGUGACACCAAAAAGAAGUUGCCUUCUUCCUGAAAAUGUAGACAUGUUAGUUUUUUUAUACCAAAACAGAAAA